AUGGCGCCUGGAGCUUAAUAAUCUCAUCCUUGGAAAACCCUUCCGUCGUCGCAACCAUUACCGUCUCCUCCCUCUCCACCUCCACGUUGUUGUUGUCGGAAAAUCACCAUGAAGGGGCAUCACGUUUUGCUAAGUCCGAGAAGAUUACAUACUGCAUUGGUAGAAGUAAACAGCCAAUUCAAAGAGUGCUCAACAGUCAACGGUGAUCCAGACUAUGAACCAUGUGAUGGUGAAGGAAGGGUGACUUCUGAUAGUGAAAAUGAUGAUCCCUCGGGGUCUGAAGCAAAUCAGGUAAUGUUUCUAUAGGAUGUAGUAUACUUUUUAACAGAUUAAUGUACUUGUACUUGUUUUUGCAUAUACAUGCUCUUUCUAUUAUUUAUGCGACCAUUACAAUGUUGUCUGCUCUCUUUAAUUCAUGCAUUGUUUCUUUUAUGUUUUCAAGUGAAAGAUACAGGUCCAAGAAAGAAGAAGGGUUGUUCUAGUGCACAACUUUUGAAAAAAUCACAAAGAACUCAAGAAGAUGGUGGCAGCCCCCAAGGAGCGACCCAAGCUCAGCUGCUCCCCACAUCAUAUACCGAACAAACUGACAUGUUUUGCAGCCCACAUAUGGUUGCUGGCUGCGUAGACGAUAAUUCUACAGCAACUCCUGCAAUCCCUUCAAGAGUGUCACAAAAUCUCAAACGCAAAAGAGGCCCUACCAAGCUGAAAACAAUUGCUAUAGAUGGAGAUAGUCGGAUUGAAGUUAAGUUUGACGAGAAUGGUCAACCAAUUGGUGAUGGAUCAAUCAAGUUGUCUUCUUUCUUAGGACCUCUAGUUCGAGAGAUUGUACCAUAUACACUUUCAGAUUGGCGAAAGCUUCCUACGGGAAUGGCAGAAAUCCUAUGGCAAUCCGUUAUGGUAAGAUUCAAUCUUCAUGAAGAAUGGCAUAGAGAAAUGGUUUUCCGGAGAAUGAAUGAAGAUUGGAGAGCCUCAAAGUCGACAUUAGUUCGAAAAGUAAGAAAUGCUUCAAAUGAGGAAGAAAGGCUAAAGCUACAGCCUGAUAACAUCAAAUCACUGCAAGAUUGGAAGGAUUUUGUGAAGGAAAAAACUAGUGAACAAUUUGAGGUUAGAAGCGAUAAAUUCAAAGGUAUGAGACAGAAACAGUUGAAAUUGCAGCAUACUAUGAGUCGUAAGGGAUAUGCACGGUUGACUGCUGAGCUGAAAAAGAAAAAAAAUGUGCCGUCCAUAAGUAGAGCUGUUGUUUGGGCUGAUGGACAUAAAAACAAGAACGGUCAACCCGCAAACAAAAAAAUUGCUCAAAAGAUUAAAGAUAUGGAAAGAAUUGAACGGGAUAAACCAAACUCAUCUUUAACUAAUCUGAAAGAAGAUGCUCUUUCUCAAGUGCUUGGUCCUGAGAAGCGUGGCCGGUUAAGAACAUUUGGAAAAGGAGUGACACUAACAAGAUUGGCUAUACUAUCACAAAUGAAUGGUCGGUUUGAUGAACUACGUGAAGAAAAUGUUCAGCUGAAGUCUCAAAUGGCAGAUAUGAAAAAUACAUUCGACGAGUUGAAGAAAAGCCAAGUUCCAAUUUCGGCCACAACUGAAGGAACACAAACUACACCCAUUGUUUCUCCCUCGAAUACCAAGUGCAAGUUGCUAGAUUGGUUGGGGAUGGGAGACGUAGUUGCUGAGGGGCGUUGGUCUUCAAGUGAUCCAAAUGAAACAUGUCAUUGUGUUCCGAUUGGACCUAACGCAAUGAAAGUUUGGGUGGAUGUAGCAAAGAAACCUGAAGUGUUUCUUUGGAGGCCUACAAGUGAUCUGAUCUAUAUCGUCGAUGCUGUGGGAACUACCAUUGCGUGGCCUGCUAGUCAAGUUAUUAUGGACUCUUCGCCGGGGUCGAUUGGUUGAAAGAGAAGAUCGAUAUUUCAUCACUUUUUGUAGAGCCUCAAUGCUCUUUUUUUGUAUGAAGAUCAACAUAGCUGGGAUGAUCCUUUUUUGUAUGAAGACGUAGCUUGGAA